CCUUCCCUCCUCGGCAUGCCCACUCCUUCCCUCAACUCACACUGCACAAGGACUGUCAGAAGAGCUGAGGACCUAAAACAAACUGGCCUUGAGAAAUGUGGCUCUUCUCUCUCCUUGUGGCGACCCUGUUCUGUAAGGUGGGAGGCUCCAUCCACAUCCCUCAGAAGCUCUAUGGGGAGGUGACCUCCCCUUUGUACCCUAAGCCUUACCCCAGCAACUUUGAGACAACCACCGUGAUCACAGUCCCCACGGGAUACAGGGUGAAGCUCAUCUUCUGGCAGUUUGAUCUGGAACCUUCUGAAGGUUGUUUCUAUGACUAUGUCAAGAUUUCUGCUGACAAGAAAACCCUGGGCAGGUUCUGUGGGCAAUUGGAGUCUCCACUGGGUAACCCCCCAGGGAAGAAGGAAUUCAUGUCCCAAGGGAACAAGAUGCUGCUGACCUUCCACACAGACUUCUCCAACGAGGAGAACGGGACCAUCAUGUUCUACAAGGGCUUCCUGGCCUAUUACCAAGCUGUAGAUCUUGAUGAAUGUGCAUCCCAGCACAACUCAGUGGAGGAGGGUUCCCAGCCCCUGUGCCAACACCUGUGCCACAACUAUGUUGGCGGCUACUUCUGUUCCUGCCGAACAGGCUAUGAGCUUCAGAAAGAUGGGCAUUCUUGCCAGCCUGAAUGCAGCAGUGGACUAUACACAGAGUCUUCGGGCUAUAUAUCUAGCCUGGAGUACCCUCAGCCUUACCCCCCGGAUCUGCGCUGCAACUACAGCAUCAGGGUGGAACGGGGCCUCACUCUGCACCUGAAGUUCCUGGAGCCUUUUGAAAUCGAUGACCACCAGCAAGUACACUGCCCCUAUGACCAGCUCCAGAUCUAUGCCAAUGGGAAGAACUUGGGCGAAUUCUGUGGGAAGCAAAGGCCUCCAGACCUGGACACCAGUAGCAAUGCGGUGGAUCUGCUGUUCUUCACAGAUGAGUCUGGAGACAGCCGGGGCUGGAAGCUGCUCUACACCACUGAAAUCAUCAAGUGUCCCCAACCCAAGACCCUGGACGAGUUCACCAUCAUCCAGGAACCGCAGCCUCAGUACCAGUUCCGUGACUACUUCAUCGCCACCUGCAAACAAGGCUACCAGCUCGUGGAGGGGGACCAGGUGCUGCUCUCCUUCACAGCUGUCUGCCAGCAUGACGGCACAUGGCAUCGUGCCAUGCCCCGGUGCAAGAUCAGGGACUGUGGGCAGCCUCGAAGCCUCUCUAAUGGGGACUUCGAAUACAUCACCACAAAGGGAGUGAACACCUACGAAGCCAGUAUCCAGUAUUACUGCCGUGAACCAUAUUACAAGAUGAAGACCAGAGCUGGAAGCAGUGAAUCCACUAGAGGAGUAUACACCUGCACAGCCCAGGGCAUCUGGAAGAACGAAGUGGAGGGAGAGAAGAUGCCCCGGUGUCUGCCAGUGUGUGGGAAGCCUGUCCACCCUGUGAAAGAGAAGCAGCGCAUCAUCGGAGGGCAGAAAGCCAGUCUGGGCAACUUCCCCUGGCAAGCAUACACCAAUAUCUAUGGGCGAGGGGGCGGGGCCCUGCUGGGCGAUCGCUGGAUCCUCACGGCUGCCCACACACUCUACCCCAAAGAGCACAACUCACGAAACGCCACUAUAGAUGUGUUCCUGGGCCACACAAAUGUGGAGGAGAUAAUGAAACUGCAAAAUCACCCCAUUCGUAGGGUCAGCAUUCACCCAGACUACCGUCAGGACCAGUCCCACAAUUUUGAAGGGGACAUUGCCCUACUGGAGCUGGAAAAUAGUGUCAGCUUGGGUCCCAACCUCCUCCCCAUCUGCCUCCCUGACAAUGAGACCUUCUAUGACAGAGGCCUCAUGGGUUAUGUCAGUGGUUUUGGGAUAAUGGAUGAUAAGAUUGCUUCUGACCUCAGGUUUGUCAGGCUGCCUGUCGCUGAGCGGCGCUUGUGCCAGAGCUGGCUCCAGACAAAAAAGAGCAAAGAUGUGUUUUCUCAAAAUAUGUUCUGUGCUGGGGACCCAUCUCUAAAGCAUGAUGCCUGCCAAGGGGACAGUGGGGGUGUUUUUACAGUGAGGGACCGCAACAAUGACCGCUGGGUGGCCACAGGCAUCGUGUCCUGGGGCCUUGGGUGCGGUGAGGGAUAUGGCUUUUACACCAAAUUACUCAACUAUGUGGACUGGAUCAAGAAAGAGAUGGGGGAAGAAGACUGAGCCCAGAAUUCACUAGGUACAAAUUUAGUGUGUAGUAUGGGAAAAAAGAAUAUAUAUAUAUGUGACCAAUUAUUGAUAACCACUAAGAACCAAUAUUAAAAUCACAAAUGCAGAAAGACACUGUGUGAAAUAAAUUCUCUUUUCUAUAAUCCCAUUCA